AGUUGUGCGUCCUUGAAUGAUCCCACAAUCAGGUUACAGAAUUCAUAUUUGUAAUUGCUGACUUUCAGCAGACUUCGCUGAACGUUUACUUCGGAUUUCACGAUAAACAUUUUCAGCGAUAUGUCAUGAUUAAAAUCUCAAUGCUGAAGUCUUCAAUCUAAAAGAUUGUGUGACAUUUUUUGGCAACUGUUACACAACAACAGAACAGCUCACCUGCCCGGGAGUAAACCUGUUCUCGGUCAGGCUCCGGUAAACCUGACAUGGCAGCCCCGAACUCUAGCGAGAGACGCGCAUGUUGGGGAGCGAGGGACGAACUGUGGAAGUGUCUGGAUGAUAAUAACGACCAAGCCACUUCGUGCGAGAAGUUUCAGAAAGAGUUCGAGGCCAACUGUCCAACUCAGUGGGUGAAGUACUUCAUCAAAAGAAGGGACUUCUUGAAGUUCAAAGAGAACAUGGAGGACUUCAAGCCUGCGGAAGAAUCGACCCAAUCGUAACGAAUAAUCCCCCGCGCACAAUCAACCGCUCGCUUGGGCUCAGUUACUUGUCCAACAGUGAGCUCGGGAGAGCUGGGAGGGUCGAACCCAGAGACUGCAGCAGCUACGAAGCUGGUCGGGAGUGCUGCCUUUGUGUUGGUGAUGUCUGAUAGACUUCUGAGAAAAGUGACCCUUAAGUCAACAUCACCUCAGUAGUUGUGUCUGUUGGCCAUGCUCUCUGUCAAGGAUUGACUUGCAUUUGAAUAUCAUAUUUAUUAUAGAUUGAUUGGACCGCUUGCAGUUUUCUGUGUUGAAGAUUAUGACGAAAGCUACACCUCCAUUUAUUUUGCCACGGAAAUGCGUAAAUAAUUUAUCUUGUUAGGCUACUGGUUGUGAUUGCAGAAAUAAAGAAAAGUAAUCCACA